UCAUCGAUUUUGUUUUGUUUUUUUCUUCUGUACUGACCAGAAUUAACAUCAUAAAUUUUUUAUUGUGACCAUCCAUAUUUGAGCAAAUCAUUUUGUUUUUUCUCUCUCUCUUUGUGUAUGUUUGUUUCUAAUUACGUUUGUCUACAUUGACGUCAAACGUAUAUCCUCAUUAUUUCGAUAUUUUAACAACCAAAUCUAUGACCAAAAUCGAUUUAAUUUUUCUUCCAAUCACAAUUCAAUCAAUGCUCAUUAUUUAUUCGAUUAAAUAUUCUUUAAAAAUUCAAAUUUUACUUAAUGAUUAAAUCAUUAAUUAGCCCGAAUAAAAUCAAUAUGCCAAAGAAAAUUCAAAAACUUAGUAAAACACGUAAUUAUACAUUGAAAACGAAUGAUCGUCAUCAUGUACCAUUACCGACAGGAAAAUAUCAAAAAAUUGGUUGUCGUGAUUUAAUGAUUGGAUUAUCACGUAAAAGUGGUAUACUUACUCGUAUUUAUUAUCCAGCUAAAACGAAUUCGGGUAAACAAUAUGAAAUGAAUCCAUUUUUAUGGCCAAAUUGGUUACCGCAUGAAUUCUAUACACAAGGUUAUGCCGAUGUUGCUAAUAUACGAUCACAAUUUAUGUUUUCAAUGGCAAAUAAAAUUCGUAAAAAAAAUGUUUUCAUACCGGCUGUACCGAAUGCACGACCACAUCCAUUACCGGAUGGACAAAAAUAUCCAAUCAUAAUAUUUUCACAUGGUCUUGGUUCAUGUCGUACAACUUAUUCAGCAAUCUGUUGUGAGCUGGCCUCACAAGGAUUUGUUGUUGCAGCUUUAGAACAUCGUGAUAAUUCAGCUUGUUUAACAUUUUAUCCAAAACGUCCAACUUAUUCAUUUAAGAAUUCAAAUCCAGAUUUUUUCAAUCAAACUGGUGAUCAAGUUGAUGCCGAUGAUGAAGUUGAUUUUGGUGAUGAAAUUGAUGAUCCUAAUUAUGUACCACCAAAAGCAUUAACUGCAUUAACACAUAUACCACAUUUAGAAUUAGCAUGGAUUCGUUUUCGUUAUGUAAGCGUAUUUCGUGCUGAUGAUGAUGUGCUAGCAUUUCGAAAAAAACAAAUCAAUCAACGUGUUCGUGAAUGUACACGUGCAUUAGAUCUAAUGGAAGCAUUAAAUGCUGGUUAUGAAAUUGAUAAUCUUCUUGAUCCAGGAUAUAAUUAUCGUGAAUUUGAAAAUAUGCUUGACAUGGAACGAAUAUCAUUGAUGGGUCAUUCAUUUGGUGGUGCAACAGUAUUGAUGGCCGGUGCAGCUGAAUUACGAUUUAAAACAAUUAUUGCACUUGAUCCAUGGAUGUUUCCAAUUAAAGAUGAAGCAUUAGAUUUAAUACCACAACCAGUAUCGAUGAUAUUUUCAGAAAAUUUAUCAAAAAUGCCCAAUACAAAAUUAAUUAAUGAUUGGAUUCGAUCAAAUGAUAAUAAUGAUGAUGAUAAUAAUAAAGAUGAUCGACAAGCUAUUAUAAUAAAUGGUAGUAAUCAUCUACAACAAAGCGAUAUACCAUAUGUAUUCAGUGCCUUUAAUCGAAUAUUCAAUACAUUUAGCUGGCGUAAUCGUAUCAACCCGAUUAUGGUACAUGAUUUAACAACAAAUCUUGCCAUACAAUUUAUUGGAAAACAUUUAGAUAUUCCUAUCGAUGAUCGUAUCAAUCAAUAUGUGGAUGAACAACGUAAACGACGAUUACGGCCAUUGAUCAAAUUGAAAAAGUAAUAAAAGAAAUUUUUGGUUUGCUAAGCCUUCUAAUCAAUAAAGAUGGCAUAUCGAUCACUGCUGCUGCUGCUGCUGCUAUUCAUAAUAUAUAAA